AUGAAAAAUUCUGUCGAAGUAUGGUUUAAGGGCUCUUCCCGUCAACCUCAACAGAAUCUAUUGUUUAAAUGUCAAUUGCUAGUUAAAUGGGAUUCAACUUAUAUCAAGAGCCUUGUUACUGUCACAUUUAACGCCUCUCAUCGAUCGGCUUUAGAACUUCAACGUGGUUGCUACCUUGACAAACAACCGCAAGUGACUAAUUUUACGAGGCGGGUAAGAGUGAAAAGACAAACAAUAAUUUUUAUACCGUACUUCAUCGAGUUUGAUUCGAUCCUUCGUAAUGUCACGGAUCAACAAACAAAAGGAAAUGAGAAAUAUUUGAGGGUUGAUAAAGAAAGCGAAUUAUUGUUGAGCUUUUUCACGGAACAAAUAUCAGAACAGUCGGCCAUGCAUGUGGAUGGAGUUCAGGACGUGCGGAUAAUGAUUUCUGAUGGGAAUGAAUCAAUUGGCCCCACUUCGCCAAUGUGCUGGAAAAUAUUUUUCCGGCUUGACAAAAUCAAUGCUACCUAG